CCGAAUAUGCAGGCAGCGUGUGGUGCGUCCAUCACCGUGGACCUUCGCACACGCCGACUGCGCAUUGCUCCUCGUUUCCGUGUGCAGGACUGUCAGCAGAAAAAACGGGCCACCUUUCGACGGAUGUCUUCGGCUUCUUCGUCGGGUGCGCAAGGACGACACAGAUGGUAGCGGAGCGACAGGUCCGUGUCCACGUCCGAGUCGCGGCUAUGGAGAGCGGUGGAGAGGGUAGACGUGAUGUGUUGACGCCUGGUGAGCUGCAGGCUGUGGCGGCGGUCGUGUCCACGAUCGUUCUUCGAUGUCAGCAGCAGAGGGCGUUGGGGCGACUGAAGGAGCAGUUGCGCGCGUGUAGACGGAGGACAUUGACGCAAGGUCUGGACGAUGGGGCCGAAUACGUGGCGACGUCGGAGGCUAUUGUUCACCUGUGCUACGCGUUGGGUUGCGGAGUGAUUCCUCAUGCGGCGCCGCGGUGGUGGGUGAAGCUCAGGACAGGAGGCACGUGGGAACACCUCAAGCAAUGCGACGACGCCACAGACGACUACUUCCGGGAUAAGCUACGAAUGUCGCCGCGAGUGUUCCGGGAGAUCGCAGCGGCGUGUGCGCCUCAUCUACAGCGGCGGGUCACGUUCUACAGGGAGCCUUUGCAGUCGGACCAGAUUGUGGCGUACGCACUGUACAAGUGGGCUACAGGGGAGACGUACGAGAGUAGCACGUGCAACUUCGGGAUUGGACGAGCUUCUGGCCUGGUUGCCGUCCACGAUGUUACUGCCGCGUUGCUGAGGGUGUUCGGAGAGAAGAUCACGUGGUCGACUGAAGUUCGUAAACUCGUGGUUCUGUGGGCGUUCGCUGAUAAAGGGUUCCUCAACCGCCACGGUUGCAUUGGUUGUACUCACAUCUACGUGGACAAGCUGGCGAACGCUCCGAGCAAAAACUACUAUGACAGGAAGCGUCGUUUCUCCAUUGUCCCGCAGGGUGUCGUCGAUCUGGACUUGUGUGUGCUCAACGUGCACAUGGGAUACCCAGGUAGCUUCCACGACAUCAGGGUGCUGUAGUUGUCCAGCCUGUUGCAACUCGCGGAGGAGGGGUCGUUGUUUCGUGGUCCCCCCGUAAAACUGUCGCUCGGUGUGAAGACGAACGGGUCCGUCCUGGCGGACAAUGGCUACCCCCCUUCAGAAUGGAUGGUCGUCUCUAUGUGUUGUCAUUAUGAGURUUGUYAUUUCAUUGUGUUGUCGUUCACAACAGAUUUUGUCGGAUAUCGUAUGUUAUAUGUUGUUGUGCGCUUSGUCCUCCUUGUGUUSAAAUCAAACACAAACACGUC